GUAACUCCUUACUCCUAUCUUACGGAUUAUUAUCGGUGUCAAAAAGCCAUCUGUGCAUCAGUCAUUACCUACCCCGUAUACAAAACGCAGACACAGACACCACUUUCACAUUAUAAAAUCACACACUUCCCCCAAAUCAAACGUUUUCUACUUCAACCCGUCACAUCUGUUUAAAACCCCUUCCAUCUCUCUCAUUCUCAGAUCCAAAACAAAUUUCACAAAUUUCCAUCCAGAUCCGACCCAUUUUCAGAAUGGGCAAAGGCGGAUCAUUAAGCGAAUCCGUUCUCAAAAAGAUCAUCUUAUCGUACACUUAUGUCGCCAUCUGGAUCUUCCUUAGCUUCACUGUUAUUGUAUACAAUAAAUACAUCUUAGAUCGCAAGAUGUACAACUGGCCAUACCCAAUAUCUCUAACAAUGAUCCACAUGGGUUUUUGUUCUUCUUUGGCGUAUGUUCUUGUUUCUGUUUUUAAGGUUGUUGAACCGGUUCAAAUGACCCGCGAUAUCUACCUUAAAUCUGUUGUCCCCAUUGGCUUGCUAUAUUCUUUAAGUUUAUGGCUAUCUAAUUCUGCUUAUAUAUAUCUGUCUGUAUCUUUUAUACAAAUGCUAAAAGCCUUGAUGCCUGUUGCUGUUUACUCUAUUGGGGUGUUGUUUAAGAAAGAAGGGUUUAAGGGUGAUGUCAUGGGUAAUAUGCUGUCGAUUUCUUUCGGGGUUGCAAUUGCCGCUUAUGGUGAAGCUAAGUUUAAUACUUGGGGGGUCAUGUUACAAUUAGGUGCUGUUUGUUUUGAAGCAACUCGAUUAGUGUUGAUUCAGAUUUUGCUGACUAGUAAAGGGAUCACGUUUAACCCCAUUACUAGUUUGUAUUAUGUUGCCCCUUGUUGUUUUGCGUUUUUGUCUAUUCCUUGGAUGAUUGUUGAGUUUCCUAAGUUGAGGGACACAUCGAGUUUUCAUUUUGAUUAUGUUGUGUUUGGGACUAAUUCAUUGUGUGCAUUUGCGUUGAACCUUGCCGUGUUUUUGCUUGUUGGGAAAACAUCUGCAUUGACUAUGAAUGUUGCGGGUGUUGUCAAGGAUUGGUUGUUGAUUGCGUUUUCGUGGUCUGUGAUUAAGGAUACUGUGACACCGAUUAAUUUGUUGGGGUAUGGGAUUGCUUUCUUGGGUGUUGCUUAUUAUAACCAUGCUAAGUUGCAAGCGCUUAAGGCUAAAGAAGCCGAAAAGAAGGCUGCUCAGGUUGAUGAUGAGAGUGGCAAGUUGUUGGAAGAACGAAGUGGGGAAAAGACCGUGAGAAAGAGUGAAUCUGAUGAGUGAUAUAUGCAAGUUCCUAUUGUUUUAAGGCUGAUUACUACACAAUUGGGGUUUUAAGUAUAUGAGGGUUAGCAAGUCCUACAAUCUUUUUUGAUGUAUUUUAUAGAUGGGAUCUUCUAAAGUUUUUUCAACUUUACUAGUAAUGUUAAAAAUCAUUUUGACUUUUGAAUGGAAAUCAAAAGUCAAAAUUCAAAGAUCAUCUUUGAAUUUCAACCUUUGAUUUUAAUUCAAGUUUACCAAUAAAGUUAUAAAUAACUUCAGGGGAUCCCAAUCCGUAUUUUAUAGUUUAGCUAAAUUUACAUGUGUUAUCUGUCUAUUUAUUUAGAGGUAACUCAUUGAGCCACUAAUAAAAUGUACUUCUUUGUGAUAAAUGGUUAUGGAAUUAAGUCUUGGUCUAUUCGGGCAAAGACAUUCCUUUCUGUUUGUUACAGAGUGAAGGAACUUUGGUGUGCCAGAGUCACCUUAUUCUAUCUUACUUAUUUUACAUUUUGCACUUAUAUGCAGAAAGAUUCAUCUUUUAGUA